CACAAGGUGCGCCUCUUUGUUAACACCUAUCCCCGAAACUCUGAUCGAAUCACCCUCAUGGACUUUAUGCCUCGCUACGCUUAUAAAGUUGUCCAAGCCCCCGUCUAUUGUUCCCAUCUCAGUCGACCCAGACCGAAAGCCAUACCCAAGUGACAGAGUUUGUCAGACUCUUUCACGACGAGGAUCACUUGCCGCACAGCUUUCGACUUGCUGAAACGCUAUUAAACUUGCUUAUAUUCUGGCUACGCCCUUUGCAAGUUUUCCUCGUCGGCUUACACAUUACACAACUCUUCAGCAUCACUCAACAGACUCGUCCACGGACCAUCCCAGCGAAUCCACUCGAGCACUAAUUAAUCGAUUUGCCAAGCAACCACCGACAAAAUGAUGAACCACGCCCGAGUCAAGGCCCUCAAGGGCGACGGAAAGACCGUCUCCAAAAAAGCCAUCAAGUCUGGUCGCGCUUCUGCUAGCCAGACCCCUCGAAGCUCCCCCUUCGCCUCUCUUCUGACGUCACCUGCGCAUUCCACAGCCCCCAGCAGGGCCGCCUCUGACCUGAGCGAGGACGACUACGAUUUUGACGACACUGUUAGCACGCAUUCCGGUAGCUCUCUAGUCGAAACCAACGAGGAUGGUACCAGCACCUUUGACGCCAAGCAGCUCAUCGAGGAGCUUCAGGAUCGCAAGCACAACAACAGCGACACCCGAAACCAGCUAUUGGAAUUGUACAUCAAGGUUCUUCGAAGUCGCUACGGUCCCUCCACACACGAAUGGCUUGACGAGUCGGCCAAUGCCCUCGCCGAGCUUUUCCUUCGAGGCGCCAACCGUGGACUGGAAGCCAGGGAGCGUCUGCUCAACUUGCAGUCAUACAUCCUGACCCUGAGCACUACCGAAGACGCCGACGUUUACGAGCAUGCCGAAGCAACCCUCAAGCAGAUUGUGGCCGACGACGAUGACGAGGAAUGCAAGGCAUAUGGCAUCUACGCUCUGUGCUUUACAGCGCUGUAUGGUGGUGGCGGCGAGAAUGAAGCUUUGGAUCUGCUCGACUACCUGAACACCAUCAUCGAGUCUGAUGGUGAACACAUUGAUGCUUAUGACAAUGGCUUCAUUGUUGCAGCAGCCCUUCAGGGCUGGGCCUUUGUGGCCAGUCAUGUUGAUGACUUUUCCUACGCGGCGCUGAUGGCCCUGGACGGAUUCUACGAUCAGCUGGACAGUGUCGACGUCGGAGUCCAAUCCAACGCUGCAGCAUGCAUCGCUCUCAUCUUUGAAGCGGCCCGAAACCAUGAAGAGGAAACUGGAGAGACCUGGGAGUUGCCCGUCAACCCCGAAAAGCUUACUGGUCGCAUGACAGAGCUCGCCAAGCAGAGCUCAAAGUCUGUUUCCAAGAAGGACCGUCGUGACCUUCGUGAUAGUCUCAUCAGUGCUAUCACCUCUCUUGAGAAGGGAGUCGGUCCCGGGUACUCGUCCGCUGGAUAUGCGCCCCAGAAGAGUGAUAAGAGGCCUACCAACAAGACGAACGAGGAUGGUGUAGUCGAGUUUGGAUACCGCCACAAGCUCCGCCUCGGCAACUACGUUGCCGUGAUCGACUCGUGGUCACUCUCCUCUCGGAUCAACAUGAUGAAGCUCAUUUUUGGUGGGCAUCUGCAGAAGCACAUCUUUGAGAACCCAGUCGUUUCAGAGUGUCUCAGUGACGCUGACUUUAGCGACCAAGGUCCCGUGGUUAAGAAGCCCGCGAAGAGAUAAAUUCAGAAUGGAUGGAGUAUUAUUGGGUUGUUUUUUUCGUUGGCGUUCUUGUUGGGCAUUUGAGCGAGAAUCAGUCUCGCUGUAAAGUACAUGACCACGAACCAUCUCGUAGGUACAGUUAUGUCGGUUUCCCAAACCUAUGUGUCCUAGAGACCAUAGAGACUUGGACUAUGCAAUAUAUGUUUUAUAGGCAUUAUUUAGUUCAAACAGUUUCUUUACA